CCUCUGAACAUGCAAAAUGAGUCUCUGACUGUAGAUGCCAGUCGAAUCGUGAUGGCUAGAGUUCUCAUUCGGAUGUCAUUUUCUGUCUUCCAAUUGACUCUUUUCUCGUGCAAGGACACAUCCCUUCCUCCUGACACAUUUAAAGCCUUGACAGUUGCAAGUGUUAUGCGCGCGGUGUGAGAAGGCCUUAUCCGGAAUAUUGUUCUGGAGUAUAUCUGGACAUCAACAUGCCUGCUCCAUCAGGGAUUACGACUGUACAAUAUGCCCUCCUCAUAGUUGCUAAUCUGCUCAUACCAAUUGCGGUCUUGACUUUUGCGACUGGCUUCUUCCCCUACAAACCAUUCAUUUCAGGCCUCGCGGAGUAUGAGCCGAUAGCUUAUGGCAAACCGCCUUCUGCUCAGUUUGACAAACUCAUAUUCAUGGUGGUUGACGCUCUACGAAGCGAUUUUGUUUACGGUCAUGACUCUGGCUUCAAGUUCACACAGAGUCUCAUCCGCUCGGGUGAAGCUCUACCAUUUACUGCUCACGCAACCUCACCGACAAUAACCAUGCCGCGGGUCAAGGCAAUCACGACGGGCUCGAUACCUUCCUUUUUAGACGUCAUUUUGAAUUUCGCCGAAUCCGACACGACGUCCACUCUCGCUAGCCAAGACACCUGGCUUGCUCAGAUCAAAGACAAGAAGGACGGAAAGCUGGUAAUGUACGGCGACGACACAUGGCUGAAGCUCUUCCCAAACAUGUUUGGCAGAGCUGAUGGCACUUCGAGCUUCUUCGUCUCGGACUUCACAGAAGUAGACAACAAUGUUACUCGCCAUGUCCCACAUGAAUUGCGCGUUGAUGACUGGAAUGCCAUGAUCAUGCAUUAUCUUGGCCUCGAUCACAUCGGACAUAAGUCUGGCCCAAAGAGUCCAAAUAUGGUCCCGAAACAAGAAGAGAUGGACUCGAUUGUUAAAGAAAUUUACGAGGCAAUGACGUCCAUGAAUCAUUUGACUUCGACACUACUCGUCUUGUGUGGCGACCACGGUAUGAACGACGGCGGCAAUCAUGGCGGCUCAUCUCCGGGAGAGACAUCUCCAGCUCUUGUUUUCAUUUCGCCUAAACUCAAGCAGUUGUCCAUGGGAAAACCAUGCCCCACCGACCCCAGGGUCGAUUUUGAGUAUUACAAAAUGAUUGAGCAGUCCGACGUUGCACCAACAAUUGCUGGGCUACUUGGCGUUCCCGUCCCUCUCAAUAAUCUUGGAGUUAUAAUUCCAGACUUCUUGCCGCUUUGGUCAAAUCGUAUCGACCAAGUGCAACUAUUGCUUCGAAAUGCAAAACAGAUACUGAACAUUGUCAAGGCGACAUUCAAAGACGUUGCUUUUGUCUCAGAGAAUGAGCAACAAGCUGCAAAUCGACAACUCAGUCAGUCCGGCGGCGAAGGACCGAAGCUUUCCAAGUUGUGGGCCAAUGCGGUCAAAAAACUUCCCUUCGGCGAAUGCAUGGAUUCCGACGCUUACGACGCAGUAGAGGCACUUUACGAGUUUUGUCAAGAAGCUCAGGAAUUAAUGAGCAGCGCAGCAAGUAAUUAUGAUCUCAGUCGCCUAGCCUUUGGAAUCAUCGUGGCGUGCAUGUCCGUAGCGAUGACAGCGCUCGUAUCCCGGCUUUUACCGUUGAUGAACUCAACCGGUGCAUUCUUUGCCUUAAUGAACGUACUGUACGCUAUCAUGAUGUUCGCGAGUAGCUAUGUCGAAGAGGAACAGCACUUCUGGUAUUGGAUCACUGGCGCGUGGAUUUCAUUCCUCUGUUGUGUAAGGCUUCAGAAUGCGACGACUAGGCCUGCGGGAAUGAGACUGCUCAUUAUACUAGCUUUUCAUCGAGUGGCCCAACGUUGGAACCAGACAGGCCAAAAAUUUGCAGGCGCGCCAGAUAUUGCGCAAAAUAUCCUCCGGCCGAACGCCGCCAUACUCUGGCUCCUUGUGACUAUGACUUACCUCAUGCUGCUCUAUCGCAUUGGAAACCACAUUGUUCACGACCUCAAGACGGGCCCCGCUCUGGGCACAGCGUGCUCACUUGCGCAGGUAGUACCGGCAUACCUUUUCAAGCUUGGCUUUACCGCAAACGACGCCCCAGAAUUGCUUUCGUGGCUGGGCGAUGACAACGUUCGCCUACUAGAGCAGAUACCUCUGGUCGGAAGCGCAAGACUAAUCUUCCUAACAUUAGCCAGUGAAACUCUAUGGGCUUUCACAGCCGCAUCAAAUUCAACGAUGCCCAAGGCGGCAAAAAGACAGUUACCAAAGAUGCUUGUGUCGCUUCUGACAUUGUUCCUGAUCACACAAUCACGGACCACAAACAUACCUCUCUUCUUAUUGUCAACCAUUCAGCUCGAACUUCUAUCGGACCUGCAAUUGUCGCCCCUCCAGAUAACGAUCACAGCUCUGGUCAUGGGCCAAACGUACUUCUUCGCACUAGGCAAUAGCAACGCAAUUUCUUCCAUCGACCUCUCGAAUGCGUACAACGGGAUAUCAGGAUACAGCGUCAUAGCUGUCGGCAUCCUCGUCUUCCUCGGGAACUGGGCAGGGCCGGUCUGGUGGAGCGUAUCCGGAAUUUUGCUUCUCGUGCAGUCAACAGUUCCCGAACCCAUUGACAUGAACACGAGUGCGGAAGAGAAGAGGAAGCGCUGGGUGCAAAUGGAGAUGGACAAUCUGAUUCCAAACAAAAGCGAAUUUGCUGCUCCGGAGGAGGCAGAUGCGAUGCAGCGACGAUCUGUGUUCUUCCUUCACACAACAGUGCUUACACUGUUCACAUCCGUGUCUCUCAUGGCGGUUAUGAUCGCUUGCACCGUGCUCCGUACACACUUGUUCAUAUGGACUGUUUUUAGCCCGAAAUAUCUGUUCACCAUGUCUUGGACGUUGGCAUUCCACCUGAUUGUCAGCGUUGGUCUAGGCGGAAGUAUUUGGCAAUUUUGCACAAAAUGAAUUUACUCCAGCAAUCUUGUGUACGCAAAGCUUAUCACAGGAGGCCAGCGAAUAGGUCGUCAAUCUCGUCUCCUCCCUUCUUCCGUUUCAUUGUUGAGCCUUUCUCCUUCUUAAUCGAUGCCCUCUUUGUCGAC